UUGGAUUUUUCUUGUACCACGUUGUUUCGACACACGAGCCAUCUAGUUUUCAUUUUAAAUAUUUGAAACUGUUUUAUCGUUUGUUACAAGUUUUGAGAGAGCUGUCAUUAGUUAUUACUGUCAAAUAUCUGGCAGACAAGUGGAAUCUUGUGGAAUGGAUCUGUGAUGGAAAUUGUCCAAAAUGGCUGAGACAGAAACCGAAAAUAACAGUAUUAUUAGAUCCGUAAGGAACAAUAAAGGGAUAGUGGCUAACAGUGGUCCCCGUCGAGUUACUAUCUAUAAAACCGAGACAGGUUUCGGUUUUAACGUGCGCGGUCAAGUGUCUGAAGGUGGGCAGUUGAGAUCGAUCAACGGAGAGUUGUAUGCUCCUCUUCAGCACGUCAGCGCUGUCCUAGAACAAGGAGCGGCUGAACAGGCCGGGAUAAGGAAGGGGGACAGAAUUCUUGAAGUAAACGGCGUUAACGUCGAAGGCUCAACUCACAGGCAGGUGGUCGACUUGAUCAAGUCUGGCGGAGACUGUCUCACUCUGACUGUUAUAUCUGUCACUCAAAGGGAAGCGGAACGCCUGGAACCUUGCGACGAUGGCUCAGCCCCAGUGGGAGUCAUCGGCGGCGCCGCCAACUCACGUGCGACAGUCUACCAGCGAUACGAUUACACCGACAAGCGAUCAUUGCCCGUGUCCAUACCAGAUUACCGGGUGGUCAUGGAGAGGAACACGGGCCGCUCGUACGUGGCGUUCAAUGUACACAUGGCCGGGCGGCAUCUGUGCAGUCGACGCUAUAGGGAGUUCGCGGCGCUACAUCAACAGUUGAGGAAGGAGUUUCUUGGAUUCAACUUCCCGAAACUGCCCGGGAAAUGGCCGUUCAACUUGAGCGAGCAACAGCUGGACGCUAGGCGGAGAGGACUUGAACAGUAUUUAGAGAAAGUGUGCGCAGUCCGAGUGAUAGCGGAGUCGGACGCUGUCCAAGAGUUCCUCACUGACUCUGAUGACGCCUCCAACCCAACGCCGGUGGAGCUGAAGGUCCUGCUUCCCGACAAGGAGGUGGUCACCGUCUCAGUGCUCAAGUCCACGAACGCCGACGACGUGUACAGAGCCGUGUGCGACAAGAUCUCGUUGCCGAAACACGUUCAGGACUAUUUCUAUCUGUUCGAGAUACAAGAGUAUAACUUUGAACGCAAACUCCAACCGAACGAGUGCCCUCAUUCCCUUUACAUCCAGAACUAUUCCACAGCGUCCAGCAGUUGCUUGUCCAUUAGAAAAUGGCUGUUCAAUCCUCACAGGGAGAUCAGGGUCUGCGAAGACAGCAAGGCUUUAGCUUUUAUUUUCUGGCAGGCAGUCGAGGACGUGAACCGGGGCGUGUGCGUGGCGGGCGAGCGGCUGUACCAGCUGGUGGCGCUGCAGCACGUGCGCCGCGCCGCGCAGUACCUGCGGCUGGCGCGCGCGCUGCCCGGCUACGGCGCGCUGGCCUUCCCGCCCGCCGGCACCGACUGCGCGGACAUGCCCGCCGCCGCGCUCACUGUCGGCUGGGCGGGCGUCCAGCUGUCGCCGUGCAGCGCCAGCCCCGCGGCGGACGAGGCGCGGGGGGUGCGCGUGCGCUGGGCGGCGGUGGCGCGCUGGGCGGCCGACGACGAGGCGGCCGCGCUGCGCCUCACCUACACCCACCACGACGUCGAGAGGUCCAUCGUGCUGUACACGCCCUAUUACCAGUUCCUUUGCAAUUGUAUGGAUCGAAUAGCGGAGGAGGCGACGUGGCCCGACACCGGCGAUUAAACGAUCUCAAACUGGUAACGGUUAUACGACUUCACGCGCGAUUUGGUAGAAAAUCUUACCACUGGCAACACUUAUUUGCAACUGCCAUAAUGAAAAUAAAAAAUAUAUACCGACAAAUGACUUCGAAUUUGGAAUUAAUUUUGAAAUUUGAAUUGUUUUCUAUCUAUUUAUAAUUUUAUUUUCAGAAAGCCUUUAUUUGUUGCCAGUAUUAACAAAUCUACCAAUAUCGCGUGUCUUACUAAAAUAUAUUGUUAGUCUUUAAAUAUUUAUCUAAAUUGUUCCAAUCUGAACUAUACUAUUGUAUAUACUUUUAGCUGUCUGUGGUUAUGUGGUAUAUCGUUAGGGUCAAUUAUGUAACGAGUCUUUAGAUUUCUUGACGGAACGAUGGCAUAUGUUUUGUUUUUCUAUUGAAGUGCUGGCCAUUUGUAAUGCUUUAUGUUGUAAAAAAUAAAAAUUUUCUCAAUUCAUAGUCCUCGCGUUGAAGUGGAAAUAGACUUAAUUUUUAGUAUACUUAUCUAUAUAUAAUUAUAUAAUUAUACUACUAAAGAUACUAAAACCGAUUUGGCAGCGUUAAAAUUUAAUUGCACAUUUAAUUAACGAUUAAAUCAAUAUAUAAGAUUUAUCUUAAAAAAAAAAUUAUAUGCCUCGUUUCGUCUUUAAUUAUAUAUAUAUUUUAACUCAUUUAUAUAGGUAAAUAAAUCGCGUACUUACACUAUUAUAAUGUAAACGAAAUAUUUAAGAUCAUAUUCAGUUUUUAUAUACCUACCUUAUAUUUUGUUUAAUGAAGGCUGAUCAAAGAUCUCAAAUAGUUAUAGCAAAUUUAUAAAGCUAUAAAAAAAUAACCAACUUAUUGAACUAUAAUACAGAAAAUAUGUAAAUGUUAUUUAUUUUGUCACAUUAGGGGGCGUUCUAAUCGGCGUUUAAAAAAUAACCAAUCAAAUAACGCUCGCUAAUAAUAAAGCACUGUGAUUGGUUCAUUUCACUAGUACAUUAUGUUUUAAAAAAAUACAUAUUGUGUUUCUUUUGAUACACUGAGAUUGAUCAGUCUUUGUCGCACUUUUUUGUAUGAGUAGGAAUAACAGUCAAUGACCUGAUAAAAUCUCUUGUUGCCAUCUCCCUCGCUCUCAUUAUGUUUGUAUGUAUUUUAACCUUUAGUUAGUUCCUAAAGUUUUCUCAAAGUCUAAUUAAAUUUUUUUUAUAUUAAAAUUGACAUAUGACUUAACAUUCCCUUCUUUAACAACUUGGUCGACAAAAGUUAUCUUGACUAAAUUUAAUUUUUUUUUUGCUCCGUGACUUUUUUAAAAAUAGUUUCAGGUCAUUGUCAAUUUUUUUCUCUUUAACAGAUUUAUUUAGUAAGUGAAAACUAUUUGUAAUUUCCUUUUUUUAAUUAACCGCCUUUUAUUCGUAAGCGAAUAUUUAUAUAUUAUUAUCUGUAGCGUAGAGUAGUUGGUUCGUUAGCAAAAUUUUACUCGCUUUUGUAAAACAUUUAUUCGUUGUUGUGUCGUUACACAAAGCUGGGUAUUUUGUAACUGUUUAUAAUAUAAUCGAGAAAUAUUAUUACUAAUUGUUGUAAAGAAAAAAGUUCUGGAAUAAAAAAAAAUGGAUGGAAAAAAUUCUUGCGUAACACGCAUAAUAUUACGCCUUUUUUCCGGCGCGUUAGGCAUAGGCUACAUCUUUCCACUUACCACGAUCCUUGCAUACUUAUUUUGCGUUCAUAUUCAUAACUCGUUGGUUUAGGGUGCUCUUGACCUGACCUGCCAUCAAGUCAUCCUCGAUUUGAUCAUGGUAAAAAAAAAAAUUAGGUCAUUUAUUUGUUCAAUCUUUACAAAUUUCUAUCUAUU